GAUAGACAGGCUUUUUUUCUUUGUUUCUUGAGGUAAGCUUAAUAGACUAUCAUAAUAGAUGUUACAAUAAUAAUAUUUGCCGCUGCCUAUAUUUGAUCAGGACCCAUAUUCAUUUAAACUUAUUUAAAAGACAAUUUAAGCGCGCUAUUAGUUUAUUGACUACAAUCAUAGCGUCUGGGUUCCUUUUUUUUUAAUAUUAAGGACACGACCCUCUUUUUACUAUAUUUUUCAUAUUACAUUUUCAGGACGUUCGAUUACAAAGAAUGAUAUUUGUUAUUGUAAAAGAUAAGUACCUUAAUAAUUUCAAUACGUUCGACCGGUCUCAAUGCUUAGGUGUUUUCAAAAAUAUUAUUGAUGGAUGUUUCAAGCAAGGAAGGUCAAAUAAUCGCAGAGCUUUAUGACAGCGGCUGAAUUAAUUACAUCAUUCCGGUCAGGUGUCCAUAAUGUUUUUCUGUAUAAAACGAAAACCGGCUGACUGAAUUCAACAUAGGCCUACAAGUACCAGUGGAAUCCCGCUUUAAUUCUUUUCUUUUUUGAUAUUUGACAGGGAUGUAUUGCGACAAACAUUAGAUUGUUACAUAAUAGAACGUUUUCCCAACGUCGAUGAAAAACUUUGUAUUACCUGAACAUUGCGCAAUUAAGAUAAGCCUCGUUAUGCACGCACGUGUGUUCAUGUCAAGUCCAUAGUUUAAUUUCGUAACCAUGCAAGGAGCGUUUCUUCAUCGAAAUCAUUGCUAAAACGUUCGACAUUCUGUAGCGAACUUGUGAACAUAAACGAGGAUUAUGAUCACAUAUCAUGCAGGUAGGAGACAGAGAUGUCGGAUAAGGACCACAAUUUCCAAGGAUGGAGUCGCAAUUUCGUAGAGGUUAUGGAACAUAAUGGCAGAGCACGCCAACCGGUACCCAACAUACGUAGUACCCCAGGUUAUAUCAUCUUCUUGGAUACUCCGCUGGGACAAGGUGCAACAAGCAAGGUCUAUGGAGGAAGACACAAGAAAUCUGGAAAACGGGUAGCGUGUAAAGUGCCACACACUCCGAGUCUCUUCAGAAUGGGAACAGACAUGGAGAGAGAAUCGCAGGUUCUGCUUGGACUACGCAACCAAAACAUUGUCUGUCUUGAGGCAAUAGAAAAAGAUCAAAUCUCCAAAGAGAACAUUCUUAUCAUGGAGCUUUGUACAGGAGGGAGUCUCUAUGACGUGUUAGAAAAGCCUGAAAAUUCCUGUGGACUUGCAGAAAAAGAUUUCCUUCAAGUGCUUGCUGACAUUACUGCUGGCAUGAAGUACCUGCGUGAUAAUGGUGUGGUUCACCGCGAUGUGAAGCCUGGUAACAUCAUGUGCUUCAAAGAUGACCAUGGACAUACCAUCUAUAAGCUAGCGGACUUUGGUGCUGCAAGACAACUCACUGAUGAUGAAAACUUCACCAGUCUUCAUGGUACCGAGGAAUAUCUACAUCCGAUGGUCUUUGAAAGAGCAGUGCUGAGGGAACCUGCGGCAUUGCCCUUUGAUGCCAGGAUUGAUCUCUGGAGCAUUGGAGCAACACUGUAUCAUCUAGCAACGGGCCAGUUACCCUUCAGACCACAUGGCGGUCGUAAAAAUUCACGAAUGAUGUUUCAUCUGACCACGAAGAAAGCACAAGGGGUGAUCAGCGGGGUCCAGACUGGACCGUUAGAUCAUGAGAUUACCUGGAGUCGGGAACUGCCAGAGACUUGUCGUCUCUCAACAGGCCUAAAGAAGUUGAUUACACCCCUGCUGGCUGGCUUGCUGGAGAGUAAUCCCAGCACUGUGGGGUCCUUUCAACAUUUCUUUCAAGCUUCACAGGCCAUCACCACCAAGAUAGCCAUAGACGUCUUUUGGGUGUGUGAAGCAUCUUACAUGAAGAUCUACUGUAGACCCAGUGAUAGGUUUGCUGAGUUUCAAGAACACAUCGCUUCUCAAACCAAACUCUCAGCCACCAAGCAGACCAUCUUGCACAAUGGUGAAACCUUCAAACCAGACGGAGCUCUCCCCAUCAGCCGGUAUCCUAUCACCUCUGUUGCCAAUCCCAUCAUGCUUAGCAAUAAGGAGCAGAUACAUGUCCAGCAUCAGAUAACUCCACCUUUUGUCGCUACUAUGCCUGCCCUUCGACCUCGAUUUUCAACACAGAAUGAUUACCCAAUAGCAAAGGGUGCUUUGGCCACAGGGUGUAUCCUUCAGAUACGACAGAAGAUGAUACAUGAGAUGCAUGGGCUGUUUGAUCAGUAUGUUAUAACUCUACGCGAUCGGUUGAAGAUGGACACCUUGAGAUUACAAGAUCACCACAAGUCUGUGAAGAGCAAGCUCUCCAUCAUGUCAAAUUACUUAAGAGAUGGAAGACGGAUUCUCAACCUCCAGGGGAAUACUCAAAAAGGCCGGAUCAGUGAAAUCACUCAUCAGCUUGAGCAUAAACUUGAGGAAGGCAGUCAUGACCUUAUACAGUUUGAGAUGCAGAGCAAUGAAAUUGAUGAGAUAUUGAAUCAACUUCACUUAGAUGUCUUUGUCAAUGAUAUCCUACAAAGCAUUUGGAAGCCUUCCCAAGGGUGCAAUGUCCAGGAUGAAAAGUGUUCCACAGAGCUUGUACAUUUGACAGAUGAAAUGGAGGAUAUCUUUAAGCGAUUCAGCAGAGACAAAAAGACAGGCAAGCUCUCCUACAACGAGGAGCAAAUACACAAGAUGGAAAAACUGAGUCUUGGUGACCUAAUGAAGAGAACCAUGACUUGUAUUGGAGGAUGUGAAGAAAGAUGGAGAUCGCAACACAAAUUACUCAUGGUCUGCCACAACAAAGCCUACAACCAACGACAACAGCUCCUGAAGGCAGACCGUUCAUUGGCCCCUCUCGUUCAUCAGUGUAACGUUCUUGAAAAUACAAUCAGUGAUCUUCACUCCCAAUGCUGGCAAAUUGCUGAAUCUAAAACUCCACCUCCUGACAUGAAACGCCAUCAUACAUAUCAAGCUCCAAAAGAGAUCCUUCUCAGUGCAAGCACCCAGACCUCUCUCCCGAAAGAAGAGACACCAUCCCAUCACACCAGUCUCUUGCUUGACCAUCACUACGACCAACUCACCAAAGGGGGCAAGCCUCUCGUCAUGGGCAAAUCAACUAUCAACACUCAGAGGUCACCCUACUCGGUUGAUCGGUCAUCCGGUCAGUAUCCUGAGCUUUACCAAACAGCAUCAGCCUUAUCUGAACCCUCUUGUGGCACGAGCCAGUAUCGGUAUGAUGCGCCUCUCACAAGGGCGCGUUCGUCACCACCUGAGUUAGUGGCGCGCGGUAUUUCAAGAAGGUCUCCAGAUACUCCAUCCGAGUUGUAUGGUGUGGAUCCAACACCAGGAGCCAUAGGAGGGCUCCAGGAUCUGAGAGCUCCUGCAGGAGAUUACCAACAAGCAGAAGGACCCAGGAUGAUCAAAGUAUCCAAGGAAUUUAAGAAGAGGGUGGCAGACUAUAGAAAGGAGUCUAACACUUCAUAUCACAUUCAAAGGGACUUGGCUGAAUUGACUCAGUUAGAACUUGAGAGUAUGUCCUUGGAGUCACCUGAGAUGCCUCGAUACACUGCAGAUUCUAGUCUGCUUGAUACACUGACAGGGCCGGGAAUGGAUGAAGGGGAUGAAAGCAUCCUGGAAGGUUUAGACAUCAAACGUCCACCAGUAUCCUAUCAGUCAGGCACAUAGUGACAGUGAUUCUCGCUUUCGCCAAUACCCAGCCCGGCCUAUCCCAGAGUGCACAUGAAAUUUACAUCCUUGCAUUUUUGGGGUAUUGGCGAUAGCGAGAAUUGAUUAACUAGAGUACCUUCACAUCGCAUUCGAGUCUGGAGAACUGCACUUUACACCAUGCACUUGGUUUGGAAGUAGGUCUGUGAGUGAUUUUACAUAAGAUCUGCUAUUUAUGGGAGGAACAUGUAUAUCAUACAUACUGGUAUUCAUUUGUAAAUGGUUUCACUCUAAGAUCAUGAGGAGCACAACCUAGAAAUGCCCAGUUCUCCAAAUGACGUCAGGACUGCGCCAAGUUGAAGAUAGAAAGUAUAGGUGUGGAAAGAAAAUGCACAUUAAAGACAGCACCUUAAAGUUGGAAGGAUAGACAUGGAAAGAGAAUGUGCAUCAGACCAGUUUCUAAAUCAAGACAAAAAGUUUGGAUAAAGACCUUUUGUUUACUAUUGAUUUUUUAAAUGUUGUUUUGAUGUCAUGUGGAUAGUGAUUGAUAGCUUGUAAUAGUUUGCUGUAUGUACAUGGUACAAGAUUGUUGGCAAACAUUGACAGCAUAGAGUAAAAGGAUACCGUGAGAAGUCUUCAGAUUGCCCUGUUAUGAAGAUCUGGGGCGGAAACUAAAAGGAGGAUCAGUUUAUGAAAACAGAAUUACAUUGUCAUGAGGCAAUGUUAACAGGAGCAAUAUUCUGCAAAUACAUUUGGUGUAGCGAUGAAUCACAAAUUUAGCAAGAUGUAGAGCAUAAAGAUUCAGUACCUGUCAUUUUCUUAGAGUGUUUUGACAAUUGUUAUGAUGACAAUGUCUUGUGCAAUGACAUACUUGCAAGUAUUGAUGAAGAUCUGAUGCACAUUUGUAGCGGUGAUUUGAUUGUUACAUUGGGGUGCCAAGCCAACAGCUCCCCGUGCUGCACCCUGGAUAAAACCGUAGCUCCAUUCUCAUCCUAAUCCACUAUAAAAUUAGUGGUUUACCAUAUAUGUAGUAUAUAUAUAUAUAUAUAUAUAUAUAUAUAUAUAUAUAUAUAUAUAUAUAUUCAAGGACAUGUAUCGAUCAAAUUCACCAGGUGCAGUUGUCAGCUCUGUAUUAACGCCUUUGUAAUAGUUGACAACUAGCAUGUUAAACUUGUAUAACUAUGAGCCCAGUGUUUCCUUGUGAAUAUCGCAGUGAUUUGGGGGAAUUCCUCAUUUGGACUUCUGCGGAUUAGUCAUACUUUCGUGAUGAGCAGGGUGGGCAGUCAAAAUUGAUAGGAUGAGAAUGGAUCUGUUUACAAGCCAAGAAUGUUGUCAUGAAUUUUCCGGUUAAUAGAAGGGCACUUUAUUUUGUACCUUGUUUUUGUUCAAUUUUUCAACUGCUGAUAGUACCCUGCAAAGUACACUGCAUUUAAGCACAGAUUAAUCAGUAUUUUACAACAUCACAAAUAAAAAUGGACUAUGUUUGCCCUUCACAGAUGGUUUAUUUCAAAUCAGAUAUCUCAUAUAUAACCAAUGAGUCCUGGCAACAUUCUUGUUUAUCGUUAAAAACUGAAGGUUGGCCAUAUAAUCCACAUGAAAAACAUGUAAUUUUAAAGAACACUUUCAAAGAUUUGCACUCAUUGUCUCAUAAGCAUCUGCAAGAAGUGUCUUGUGUGUUUUUUUUAACAUGUAUUUUGUACAAAAUUUGACAAUAUAAAAAAUAUGCUGCUAAAUGUUGUAUAAUUUAUCUUGCAUCCAAUACAUUCUAUGUUGGGAAAAUAUUUAGUAUAAAUCCAUUUUUUUUCUUCGCGGCAGUGAAAAUUGUGUAAACAGAUUGUAACAAAAAUUGAAAACAUGAAAAAGAAAUCAAUGAAUAAGUGCAAAUCAAAGAGAGAAAAUAGCUGUUGUUUCAUGUGGAUUAUUCAGCAUUUGCUCAUAGAAUUUUGUUCCUGUUAACAUUGCUGAUCUUUGAUAUGUGUUGGUACUGCUGUUGUAUUCAUUAAUUAACUUUAAAGAAACAAAAUUUCUUUUAUUUGUGGUUUUCGACUUGUUUCUUCAAAAUGAACGUUGACGACAUUAUCUAGUAUAUUUCACUAGACCUGAACUGUAUAGUUUUCUUGAGUACUAAUUGUAAAAACUGUGAAUUACAAUUUACAACAUUGGUUUCUAUCGAUCCAUAUGUAAGUACACUGAAAGCUCCCUAAAAGAUUACAUACAUGUAUAUUUUUAUAUCGUUUCAUAUCUGUCUACUGUGUCUAUUAUUGUAUAUGAGUGUAACAGUAUUAUUCAAUAUAAAUGUUUUAUAUCAAGUUUCAUAUGUUGUUGAUUAUAUAAUCUUUCAAAUUUUUUAUCAUAGUCGAACCCUGUAGUACCUUGUUGUGAUUGUGCUGUAUUUGUAAAUCAAAGAUUGUUUUCCAAUUAAAUUUGAAGCUUUUGUAUAUCGUAU